AUGUCUGCGACAUACGCAACACCAUCACUUAUACCAACAUCAGCUAUACAAUCAGCUAUAUCAACACUUUUACCAACUCCUGUACCAAUUUCUGUACCAACACCGACGUUUGAUCCUAAUACUCCCGGGUGUGCUGACUGUCAGACUCAAUAUGCAUCGUACGAACAGUGUUCAAAGAAUAUGCCAUUGCAGGGCGGUGGCACUAAUAAAACGCUUUCAACUAAUGAUUAUAAGCAAUUGGUAUUGGCAAUACAAAAGUGCAUAUGUCCAGCUCAGAACGUUGUCGAGGAGUGCAAGCAGUGUUUUGAUGCCACUGGUCAAAGUGUUCUGAGUUCUCAACUUCCCAGUUCGAAAGAAUUGGCAACCCUUUGCAACGUUGUAAACUUGCUUAAUGGUUCGGGUACUCCAACUAACGAAACUACUCCUACUCCAGAACCUUCUGUUGGUGGUAAAUCUAGAAGCUCGGGAACUGGACGUAUAUUUAGCGUAAAGAAGCUUCUCAUUACGGGAAUGACGUUGUUUGCAGUGUUGGCAAGCCAGUUGUAA